AAAAGACUCCUUAAUUGCUCUCCCCGAGUGGUCCCCAUCCACCCCCACGUUCUCCUCCUCAUUAUACGCUCUCACUCUCUCCCACGUGUACCUCUUCCUUAAAUCUCAGCCUUUCGUUUUCAUUUCUCUAUCUCUACGUAGCCCUCAUACGGUCAAGAUCUUAAAGAUUAAGUUACGUAACAAUACGCCGAAAACAUUUCCCUCUUUGAACUCUCAGCUCAAACUUUGACCAGGACCAAAAACCAUGGAAUAUCGUUUUUCCUUUAUUUAAUAAAAAUUUUAGAACUAUUUUCUUUUUUAUAAAAUAAAUCCCAAGAAAAAGUAACUUGCUUACGUCACCGUACCUUUGACUCUUUUUUUUUUUUUUUUUUUUCCUCUCUCUUUCUUUAAACCCACCCCUCUCUUUGUCUUCUUCAUCUCCCUGUUUUUUCAUUUUAUUUUAUUUUAUUUUAUUUUCUCUCAUUUUCUCACCCGGAUUCUCAGCAGUUUCUCUCUGUCCAAACACGAUCACACACAGCCGUGGAGAAGAAUACUGAGAAGAUGGUGAGGGACGACCUUUACAUCACUGUCCCGAGCUUCUUCAGGUGUCCGAUUUCAUUGGACGUGAUGAAAUCCCCCGUGAGUCUCAGCACCGGGGUCACCUACGACCGUUCCAGCAUCCAACGGUGGCUAGACAACGGCAACAACACGUGUCCAGCCACCAUGCAAGUCCUCCAGAGCAAGGAGUUUGUUCCUAACCACACCUUACAGCGGCUUAUCCAGAUCUGGUCGGACUCGGUCCGGCACCACCGAGUCGACUCAGCCGCCAACUCGCCCCCUCACUCGGUUCUCUCCCAGGAAGAUGUCCUCGAGUUGAUUAAAUUUGUUGACUGCAACUCCGUCUCUUCUUCGUUCGAUUCCUUAUCGAAGAUUGUUUGUUUCGCGAGAGAAUCAGAGGAUAACCGGAAAUUCCUGGCGAGAACAGACGGCUUCGUUCCGAUGCUGGUUGAUUUUCUCGCCAAUGCCGGCGAUGGAGAUUCCGGCGGUGGUGUCUAUUUCUUAGAACAAGUUGUCAGUCUAUUGGAUAUGAUCUUCAAGGAGAUCGAAGAUCACGAGCAAUUGACGAAUUCAAUGAUCAAGAGCAACAAUAACAACAACCGCGAUUGCUUGGCCUCGCUCAUCCUCAUUCUCCAACAAGGAAGCAUAGAGUCAAGAAUUGGAUCGGCUAGGUUAAUCGAAUCAGUCGCCAUGGACGCCGAGUCGAAGCUCAUUAUCGCGGAGAAAGACGGACUAUUACGAGAAUUACUGAAACUGAUCGGUCCGGAAAAGGAUCCGAAUCUAAUGGAAGCCGGAUUAUCAUGCCUAAUCGCGCUGUCAAUGCCGAGGCGCGUGAAGGUAAAGUUGGUCCAUAUCGGAGCCGUGAAGUCGCUGGCGAAAACGUUAUCGGAGCCAAACGGCAGCGUGUCGAUCACGGAGAAAGUUCUGAAACUACUGGAAACGGUGUCGUCGGUGAAGGAAGGACGAAAGGAGAUCUGCGAUGACGGGAAGUGCGUGGAAGGGAUCGUACAGAAGGUUUUGAAGGUAUCGGCGACGGUGACGGAGCAUGCUGUGACGAUACUGUGGAGCAUAUGCUAUCUUUUCAGGGACCGAGGGGCUCAAGAGGCGGUAACGAAAGCCAACGGGCUGACCAAGAUUCUGCUGCUGAUGCAAAGCAAUUGCUCGCCUUCUGUUCGACAAAUGUCCGCUGACUUGCUCAAAAUCUUCCGCCUUAAUUCCAAAUCUUUUAUUUCUUGUUACGAUACUAAGACCACUCAUAUCAUGCCUUUCUGAUAUGACCCUUUUCUUUUUUUUCUUUUUCGUUUUUUUUUUUUUUUUUUUUAUCAAAUUUUUAGUUCCUAUUUUCUAUUUGAACAUACGGAAAGUGAGGCUGUGAAAGAAAUUGAGUAAAGUUAAAAAAAAAAAAAAUCUGGAAGUUGUAAAUGAAAAAGGAAAAUUUUGUUAGUGAAAGAAAUACAAAAAAGAGAAAUUCAUUUGAUUUUUA